ACCACGAUGAAAAUGAUUGAUUUACGCAAAGCUGAGCACUUAUCCGAUUUGACCGUUUGUGUGGAGAACGAGAACUUCAAACUACACAAACUGCCUUUGUGUGCAAAAUCGACCUACUUUAAAGAGCGCUUCCAAACUGACUCCGAGUGCCAAUUAGAAAAAUUCCCCGGCGGGGCAAAAACGUUCGCUUUGGUUGCCGACUAUUUCUAUGACGACGCAGUGAACCUGGAUCCGUUCAACCUUGUAAAUUUGCAUUUCGGAGCCAAGCUGCUGCAAAUGGAUGGUGACGACAAUCUGUUCGAAAUUACGAAACAGUAUUUGCGAAAGGCGUGUGAUGAUGCCAGGCGAAAACGCAACUAUCUAUCGGCAGUCGCUGUGCUCUGCUCUGCUUACAGUUUUGAUGAUCCUGAUGCAACACAGAUAACAGAAGACACUUUCAAGGCAUUGGAGUUUGCUUCGUAUGAAGCACUCGAAGAAAAUGAUUGCUACUCUUCAUGGAAAUCUUCUUCUUGGUCGGGAGAUGACCUGAUCACAGAUUAUCUUGUCUACUUGCCCCUGGAGUUCGCGGCCAGAUUGAUUAAGAGUUGUGGCCUGGACGGAACGAACAAACGAAAACUCUAUCGCUAUGUUUUUAAGUAUUUGGGUAGAGUUUUGGAUCAUGCUGUGGCAGCAAGAGAGUCAUCCUCUCCGGAACCCGAGACCGAAGGUCCCGAGAAGAAUUUAGAGGAACGGCAUCACACCCAAGAUGCAGAGAAUCCAAAGGAUAUUCCUUUGAUGAAAUGUCAACCUCCAAGUCAAGUGGAGAGUGAAAUACGACAAAGAAUGGAGACAUUUUAUGAAAAAAGCCCAAAGUUACGUGAAACGUUAGCGCAUCCGGUAGAACAGUUUGAUGCCUUGUUUGAUCUCAUACCAGAAGAAAAUCCCUUACCUGACAUUGUGAGUGUGCCGUGGAUCAAAGAGGCCGUUCUUCUGGUCGAGAACAGUUCAACAGAACCAAGAUGCCGCCAGAAAGUGUUGAGAUUAGCCCAAAAGUCGUUACCAAGCUUCAGCAAGCAGGAGAUCUGCAAGUUUACACCAGCCACCAUGUGUGAUAUAGUGACGGCAGGAACUUCGUCCAGGUCCGAAGGGACGAAUGCAGAGCCUCGUGAAGAGUUAUCCGAAGCAACACAGAACAAAGACGGGACGCAGUCUGAGGCCAAACAGUCCACAGAAGACACUCCGAUCUCGCUACCAAGGUGUACAAAUCGAGUAUUGAUAGAGUACCUGAAACAAAAAGCUGAAGAAAAUGAACUUACUACUGAGGAUUUCUUUAAAAUCUUUGGAAAACUUACGAUAGAUGAUGAUGACCGUAGCACACACGAUGGCCUCAUACAUGUCACACUGAAAGUUCGUCAGGCAGGUAAGAAACAUCAGGUUGUUUGUAGCAGACCCGAUCUAAUCGAACCAUACAACCGCCAACCUAACUAUAAAACUAGCUUUGAUCUGAUCGGCCCCCCAAUGGAGAGGUACGGAUUCUCCGCCAUGGCGCACAGGAACGUUGGAAAGGACAAAUGUUCCUGCGGUCGUCCCCUGUGGCCUUCUGUGUGCGAUUCAGCUCUGUCUUCUAACUUUCGUUAUGACAGUUCAUCAACUAUGAUUCCAGCGUACACUAGCUCAUGGGCAUCAACUGCCGCACCGAGAUACGGGAAUGAACAUUACUGUAUGAAGGACAACCGUUCAAGUACAUACCCACUGGCGUACUAUAGCUACAACACACACAGCUAUCAUCAUUUCCAUCAUCAUUCCUGUUGCUGUUGCUGCCACCGCUCAGGUAAUCCAUCGUUUCAAGUUAUAUUCCUCUGUCCCAUACGACUUCCCACUGAAAAACAAUCUUUGACAAUUUUUUUCGAUCGCAUGCGGCUGCAAGAAGCCGAGGAUUUUCUCCGAAAUACUAUCGAGCGUAAACUGAUUCCAACACCAGCUUUUUUUAUUGCGAAAUCAGGUUUUUUAAUCCGGCAUGUUACCUCCUAA